GGUCUCAAUGGUUUAUCGACAAGGUCCUCGUAACGCCUUGUCUGUGCGUUUAGCGAGAGCGACGGCCUCGCCUGAACAACGUGUAUCAUCCAUCCACGUCUUCACCACGCACACUCGUGCUCAUGCUGUGCAAACGGUCCCCGCCAGUUCAGUCGUGCAUAAGGGGGUACGCGUGCAGCUGCAUUCCAUUCUACUUCACACUCAUUUCCCCUACUUCUCUCUCAUCGUUCUUGAACUUUUUUGUUCACUUGACAACUCAUCCCUGCACACCACCUGUUUUAUUGACCGCUUCAAGCUGGCCGCUACCCAUCAUACCCAGGCAAUGCGAUCCAGGUCUAACAGGGCUCACCGUGCUUCUACCAGUCCAAAUCCGCGACCUCAACGCUCUAACACGAUCCAUUGGCUCUUUUCUUCAAACCUCCCCCAUCGAAGAAGUUCAGCAGCCUUCAGUGCGGACAUCGGUCGUAGGAACCUUUUCGGGAUGAGCGAGAUUUUCGGCGUCCUGAUGAAUCCCUCUGAGACCGUUCGUUCCUUGACCGAGUCAAAGCGCCUCCUGGAGGAGGCACGCAAGGAGAUUAAGGAAGAGCGUGAACGCUCCCAGCUGCGGGCAAAACAUACGUUUACCCGUCUGCCAGGAUUCUUUCACAGAGAAGCCGAGAUACGUGCUAUCGAUCGUGCACUGGGCGGUGCGCCGUCCUUCACUGUCGUUUUCGGCGCAAGUUCGGUUGGGAAGGCACGUCUCAGACAUCCAACCGCGCUCAUCCGGGAAGUCCUUGCGAAUGACCGAUAUCACGUCCUGCAUUUCGACCUGCGCAUACCGGGUUUCGCCGACGUUUUCAGCCUCUACAUGAGCCUGAGUCAGCAGAUGGAACAAUACUUCGAGGAAAUUGCAGCCAACUUGCCGGGGUUCGAGGAAUUCCGAAAGGAAGCUUGGGGUUUCAAACACGAUCGUCUGAAUGUUGAGCGUCGGAUUUCGGAGGCUCCCGUCGGAAGCAUUGGGUCUCAGGUCCGGACAAGCGAUGUUGCUCGACUCAUGGAACUAUUUCAGAGUUCGUUGCUGAGGUACGCCGAGUUUGAACCUCUUGAAAGCUCCGAACUCGCCCCAAUUGGGAAGAAGGGGUCAGACGCGUCUUCGGACCAGACACAGGUGAACCAUCCUUCGGCAAUAUCCAAGUUUUUCCAUCGUAACGGUAGAAGGAGCUGCGAUGGUGCACGAGAGAUGUCUUCAACUGCUGUCAAUUCUAACCCACGAGAAAAGGAUCCUGAGAAAUUUGUAAAGAGAAUGCCGGUGCUGUUUUUCGACGAGGCUCACAGACUACCAGCACUGAUCCAGUCUGUGGACACCAUGAGGUGCCUACUCGAUUCUAUGCUCGCUCUCACCAAGCAGGACAGGCUGUGUCACGUCAUCCACGCGACCAGUGAUCCAUUCUACCAUACCUGGCUGAGGCAGUUGAAUGUGAUGCAGCACUGCAAAAUCAUCACCGUUGGCGACUGCUCGAAGACGGAAAUGCGUACAUUUUUCUUUGAACGUUUGCUGCCUCGUGUCCCGGAAACGCUGCGACAUGCACUGUCUUUUGAGCUGCUCUACGAAGCGUUUGGCGGGAAGCUGGCCCAUUGGCAGGAUUAUAUUGAUGACUACGUGAGCGCUGGAGGUAACUUUGACAUCAAGCAGAGUGCCCACUUCCUUCAAGCACACGCUAUUCUCAACCUCCAUAUCAUUCACUCCUCCCAAAUUUCUGGUCCGCCCGGACAAGAGCCUAUCACACCAUCGACCCCUGCUCCUCGGCCCCGCUCCAGUGGUCCUGAUGCCCUUCACGCUGCGUUGGGCCCAGCAGGGUUCAAAUCUUACUCAUCCGCUCGCGAAAGCGGUCUGGAAGACUACUCUGCUGAUUUCAGCGCCAUGCAACUUCUCAAGGUCAUGAGCAAACUUAGCCAGCCUUCCACGACGCACCUUCCUUAUUUCCUCCUGUGCCGUGAGAUCGGCGUUCGUGCAGUCGACGGUAUGGUGAAGGGUCGCGUACUCGACCUUCACUGGACAGAUCCCGUCGGAUUCAAAGACACCAGUGACCAACCUACCAUCAGAGAGCCGGCGUCACCAGUACCUAUGACGACGCGGAUGAUGAGCAACAACUCGUAUAUUGGCGGUGCAAGCGGCACGGUGGGCGUCGAGUCGUCCGAGGAUGGUGAGAUGGUAAUGGUGAACCCUAUCAACCUCUCCACGAGGGACCUCGGACAAAUCGACGAGGGCGACGAGCAGGAGAUCGUUGGACCGCGUUUGGUACCGGUCACGCCUAUUAUGCGCUUUGCAAUGCGGGAAGUCGUACAGGAGUACGAGGACGUACGGACAGUCUCGGAAUAUGCUUCCCUGAACGAUCCCGACGAGUAUUGA